AUGUGCUUAUGCAGCUCCGUCCGUCACUUGACGGCUGAAUUUGACCCAGAUGAGGCCAUGGGCCUUGUCUCUGACCUAAAUAAGCAUCUAGCGGCUGUCCGAGCUAUCCUCUCCAAGUCGAAGCCACUCGCUCGGGAGGUCCGAUAUCAGGUGGUGCCCAAUAAUCACCGCACAAUGAAGAUUCUUUCGGUACAGUCCGUCGAUGUUGGGGGAGUGGAUCAGCUUUACAACAGGUUCAAGGGUCAUGUACAAGACUUCUGGGGCUGUUCCGAGAAUAACCUCCACCAAGAGCUGCGUCGACGACUCGCCUGCGUGACCAUCUUCCUCAGGUCCAAGCUGGACUCUGAAGCAUGGGUCUCGGCUGGAGUAUCCGGCCUCGUUCAAGGCCAGAAACCUUCCGAACUUCGUUACGCAGGUAGCAAGUACAUCAAAAUUGCACGAAAGCUAGGAGGUAUUGGAUCUAUUCUUUGGCUUCCGCUCGAGGUACCCUCUUCAACAUGGGAGAGAUAUCUCAACAUUGACGAUGAAGAAGUAUUUGACCACUUGAAGUCGAUCGGGUCAAAUAUUCCCAACUAUGACAGCUUUGUGCAGCGGUUGAUCGCAAGUCAACUUGACGAUUCUUCUAUUCAACUCUCACCUUACAAUCUCGCUCUUUCGUAUGACGACUGCUUUCCAACCUCUGAUCAAGUUGUCUUGAUCCUUUGUGCCUUCGGGGGUUCUGCGGUUCCCCUUGAACUGCUGAAGAGCGUACGGAUUCCCCAUAGACAUUGGACCGAUGACGGCGAAAUCGAUAGUACAGAUGCCGUUGACUUUGAUCUUCCUCGAGGGCUGGUCAACGUCUUAUCGGAUGAUAAGCGCCUUGAUCAAGCUAGCCAACGUCCUGAGAUCGCUCAGCAAAUGCUGGAAGAUGGUAAGACGCUCACUUGGUCCAUCCGCCCUGAAUCAAUGGCAUCUAUUACCAGUCGCCUGUCUCCACAGACCCAGGAGGACCUGGCUACUACAGCCUUGAAACUCAUCUGUUUCGCAUGCCCUCUUGUCUAUGAGGGCAAAGCCAACUGGCCUCCCUACAUGAAAAAGGCGAUUUGGGCCUUGCUGGACAAUGCCACGAACCAGAAGCGAGUACCAAUGUCCCUCAAGACGCACGUAAUAGACGCCCUCAUGUUCUUCACCGAGAGAGACUUCUUCGCGAUCCGCCGUGUUGCCAUUGAACGAGCCAAGUCGCUGCUGCGCAAGUCGAUGCCAUAUUAUUACCACGCCUCGAUUGCCCUUUUUGAUAGCAUCAUGCUUCGUAUUGAUGGAAACCUAGAGAGGUCAGAUGCUAGGAUAAUCGACUUCCUUGCUGAAUAUCACGAUACUAGUACCCGCUGCGACAAUGCUCUCCGAGGGAGGCUUCACAUCUCUCACCUCGAAAACAAGAUCCAUCGUUACGAUAACGACGUGGCUUCUUUCAUGUAUAAAUGGGAGGGAAUCCAUCCGCUCUCGACGUUCGAGAUUGAGGUUACCCGCAGGCUUCAGGGCACAGCGGCGAGAUAUUUCCAUUCCAUAGGGGACUUUCAGACAGCCAAGGCGUCUUUGGAGCAACACCUAUGGCUUAACUCUACAAAGCCUAUCCGCUUGAACACAAGAGUUCUCAUUGUUACCCGGCUUGGAGAGAUCCACUGCGAGCUGGGAGAGUUCGAAAAGACUCUUGCAGUGCUUCAGCCAGAGCUUGCGGGCCUCACUGAAAAGAAGGGCCGUCCGUUUCGACGGUUGUCAAUGGCAAUGAUAGAAGCUUAUCUAGGACUUGGCAUGUUGGAUACCGCAGAGUCCAUUAUCAAACAGUUGGCUGAUGUUGAGCCACCUGAGCUGGACGAUAUCAACGACCAAAUGCUACAUAUGCGUCGGCUCAUUCUAGUCUCCCGCACCGCCCACGAACAAUUGCGUUUUGACGAGGCUUUGCGGCUUUGGAAGUUUACCCUACAAAGAAUGGAGAGUCUCGUGACCUUCAAAACUAGGCAUGGUUGGGUUCUGGCCGUCAUCUACCUCUCCAUGGCUCACGCUCAACUGUGCCUGGGUGAUGGCGAAGGGGCUAGACAGUCGUGGGAUGUUGCCGUCCAAAUAUCCAUGAACGAAAGAUACGAUCAUCAGCGCUUCUAUCAUAUCGUUAUAGAGAAGUAA